AAUCACAUACGACCAUACCCACUGGAAAACUCGGGAUCCCGUCCGCUCUCCCAUAGAUAAGCCAGUGAGGGCCAGACUAGUAGUUGGGUCGGUGACGACCAGCGAAUCCCUGGUGUUGUAUGUUUCUUUUUUUGCUCUUUUUUUGCUGCAUCUUCUUGACACACACCUCUUUCACUAUCGUGAUGAAUUGCGUCUUUGACUUUUUCAUGGUUUCGUUUCGUUUGAACAUUUUUUUCCUUCUUCUUUUCUUAACUACCGCGAAGAAAUGUAUUGAUGGGAAGUCUCGUUGUGUGUGCAGUGGUUUGCUUGUUGGCCUGAUUAAUGGAUGAUAUCAACCGACCUUACACACGGUUCCGAAACCUAUCGAGAUCCUUUAGAAGAUAUGUAGUGUGACCUGGGUUGAACG